CGCAAAGAUGCAGCGGCAUAUGCAGACUGGGUUAAAAAAGAUCAUCGGUUUUGUGAUAUGCUUGUUCAAACCUCACCAGCUUUAGCUGGGCAUGCCUUUCCUCGAUUGAAACUCCGGUACAAGCCAUCACUUGUUCAGAUCUAGAUCUUCACACUUCACUGGGUAUGUUGCACUCUUAGUAGUAUUUGUGGUCAGGCCGGACACAGUAGCAAAAGCAUCUAAUCGGUGACAACAACCCUUUCUCAGUGGCUUUAUUCAGCAUAAUCUGCAGUGGCUCCAUAGCUAAAAUAAACAUCAUUGGUGACAAAGGAUCACCCUGUCUCAGCCCAGUCCUGUGCUUGAACCAUUUCCCCCCUUGCUCCAUUUAGCAAAACUGAAGAGGUUGAACUUGCCAACAAUGUUGUCACCGAGUUUCUCCACCUGUGCCCAUAGCCAAAUUGCUCAAGUACUUCUUGUAGGUAGUCCCAUCUCACAGCAAAAAUAGAUAAUAGUUUGCAUAGUCAAGGGUCGAGAUAUAAAGUUUGAGCAAAUGACUGCGCUGCAAUAGGACACACUUUUAGCCAGCUGUUUCAGGGUUCAAUCCCCAAGCUUGUAUGUCUAAAUCUUAGUCACUUCUUUACAGUCCCAAAAGCUCAUGGUGACAACCUUCCACAGUUAUGCCCCCAUUUCCCUCUCAUGCUGCUACAAUUUCACUGAUGAGGAAUUACCUUUCUGAUUUCUGUAGGAAAUAGUGAGCUGUUCCCUCUUCUAAUGUAUUCCUAACUAGCUUUCUAAUGGAACUCGCUGAAGUCCUUCAGUCUAGGAAAACAAAAAUUAUAGGUCACAAAAUUACCCAUUAGUCUGGUUUUGACCUGCAAUAUACAGUUUGUUUGUUGAAUGUUAGUUCAGACAAGAAAUUUGGUGCCUGUACAAGUUUACAUGCUAGCAGUUAGUAGACAACCGUUCCUGCUCUUUUCUAGUCCUGGAAUUGAAAUUGCAGCGUUAUAUACUAAAGAUUGCUAUCCUGUUUUGCAAUUUUCCACCAAAAUAAUGUUAUUUUUUUAAAAAAAAAUUCUUCCAUGUAGCAACACAAUCAGCAUGCUAUGUCAACUCCUAGGGUGUGGCGUGGCUAAUUUGGACCUAGAUGACCCACUUAGCUUAGGGAGCCAAAAAUUCAGUUUCAUGGUAUAGGGGACCAGAGGAGAACCCUCCAAUAGUUUACGGACCAACCAUGAAAUUUACUUUAUACUAAACAAGUGAUUUCUAGGUACGGUAUUUCACAAUUUGGAGGCUGUCAUGCCAUCAUCGUUCUCCUUUAGCCAUUAUUUGAGCUACCUACCUUUGGCUUAACCACCCCCCACUAGGCUGCUCUCUUGUCUAUUGGUUUGCUUGCCAAGACUCUCUAAUCAAGCUGCAUUGCUUGGAGGUGAUCAUUGUAGGCUCAUCAUGUCAUCCUGAGGAGUUCAAAGCCGGUCGAGAGGCCCUUGAGUAGUGUAAUAGUGUAGGAAGGGAUAGAAUUGGUGUAAUGGAUGGAUUGUAUUAGCUUGAGGCCUCGGCCGGUAUAUAUAAGAGUACAAGACUUGGGGUGCAAGGCAACCCCACCGGAUAUGUAUGGCAGUCCGGAUACAAUAUCUAAACUACCAAAUAUACUCUAACAUCCCCUCGCAGUCACAGCGGGAGCACUGCAGACGGUGAGACUGGAGGAGAAGCCGAAGGUAGGAACCGACGGACUGACAUCCCCCCGCAGUUGUAGCAUCGGCGCAAUGCGGAUGCUGCGACUGGAGAGAACCGGCGAGAAACUCAUGCGGAUGGUAGCCCUUUGUGCCGAUGUCGAAGAAGCCGAACUGGAGCAAGUAGCCGUGGUCGAGGAAGUCGUGCGUAGGGUAGCCGUGGUCGAUGGUGAGCUAUCGAGGUCGCCGAUGGUAAGGAGCCGCACAGGAAGCCGCGGGCGCACUAGGAAGCGCCAUGGUGGAGGCGUAACGGAGACGACGCCGGAGACGAAGACGGCGACACGUCGAGGCAGUCGAAGAGAGAGUCGAUGCCGCAGUCGACGCAGACACGCCAUCGAGCGACACAUCCCCGGGUUUGCCAGACCCGUGAAUGCAUCGGGGACGAUGGCACGCACCGGUGUUGCCAAGACCGGACGUGCGAGGGAGAGUGCACUACCAAGACGCCGUUGUCUGAGGGACCAGCAGAGAAGGCCUCCACGACGGUCGCAGGCGCAGAAGAACGGCGAGGAAGAAGAUGCCGAUGCAGCCCGCAGUUGCUGGAGUAGACGAAGGGGUAGAAGUGGACAGCGACGAUGGCGACGAGGUGGUGUUGGACGAAGCGACGAGGUAACCCCGGACGAUCUGGUGCAAGGCCUGAUGAUCCGGAGGACGUGGCGGCGGAGCUCGAAGAAGGCGACGAAGAACUCGAACAACUCGGUGAAGACCAUAUGCGCGCCUGACGUAGUCGUAGACGAUGUCGAAGAUGCGGUCGAAGUGGCCGGCGUGGACGAAGUCGAGGACGUAGUCGGCGGCGGUGAAGAUGCAACAACGAGGAACACCACGGACGGUACCGCUGCUGCUCGAAGAGGCGAAGCAGCGACCACCUUCCAUACUCGGGGAAGAGGCGCGCAAUACGAUGACGGACGUCACGGGAGCCAGGUGGAUCGCGCAUAUCGGCUGAUCAGACCGAGUAUGCGCGAGGCGAGACGACGAUGGGCGAAGUUGGUGGAGGCGUCCCGAUCGGUGGAGGCGACGACGAGCCGGCGAAGAUCGACGUGCGGACGAGGCGACGAGGUGUGCGGCACAGAUGGGCGUCCCCUAGGGCACCGUCCAUGUCGCUAUGCCGCACAGUCGAAGACGAAGAAGAGGCCGGUGAAGUCGAUGCUGAUGUCGAAGUAGAGGCGUGCGGUCGACGGGCGGUGGGCGACUCAAUCUCGAGCAGUGCUCGAGUAAAAAACAGAGGAAUUACCAAAAAA